GCCUGUUGUCAAUAAAGUUAGGCCUUUUAAUAGAAUCCGAUCAUCUGAGCGGAUUACAAGCGUGCAGAUGGUUUGGUCUUAAUCUGCUCGACAUGUCUGCCCACGCCGGCAGCACGCUCAACAUGCUCGCAGUGCUGCUGCUGUGUGCGUCCGUGGCCCCGCUUCGGGCCUUCGUGGAAGAACUGGACGACUCCUUGUUGGAGAUGAGACAAAUUGAAGACAUUUGGCUGAUUAAAUUUUACGCCCCCUGGUGUUCGAUGUGCAAGCAGCUGGACCCGGUGUGGCACCAGAUCGGUUCGGAGCUGAAGAGCGUCGGAUCACCCGUCAACGUCGGCAAAUGUGACGCCAUCGCUAACGCGGGCUUGGCUAAAGAGUUCAAAGUUCGCAGCUAUCCCGCCAUCUUCAUGUGGAAGAAUGAUGUAAAAUAUCUUCACAUAGGACCCCGAACCGGAGACGCCAUCGUCAAAUUUGCUCAUCGAAUUAGCGGUCCGCUGAUUCGACCUUUGACCAGCCUGAAGCUCUUCCAACACGCUCUGAGUCACCAUGAUGUCAUGUUUGUUUAUAUUGGAGCGUCAUCGCCACUCAAAGGUGUGUUCUCUGCCGUGGCUCAGGAGAUGAUCGUGUCCACAUUCUUCUUCUCUGCCAGCAGAGAAGUCCUGCCCAAGGCCGUGUCGCUUCCCGCUCUCCCGGCUGUGGUGGUCUUCAAAGACGGCGGUUACUUCAGCUACAAUGAGAUGAGCGACGGCUCACUGAAGGCCUGGAUCAAAAGGGAAAGAUUCAACAACUACGCCAAUGUGGACAGCUACAUGCUCUAUGCCAUGGGAGACUCGGGGAAGAUGGUUCUAUUGGCGCUGUUGGACGACGCCAACGUGAGCCAACAAAAUCUCAGGUACAAAAGUCUGGUCAAGAAAGUUUCACAAGACUACAAAGAUGUCUACAGCAGAAACAUCCACUUUGGCUUCAUGGAGGGCGAUCACUACAUCAACGGACUCAUCAUGGGCAAACUCGGACUUCCGGCCAUCGUCAUGUUGAACCUGUCCACCGACAGCUACUUCCUGGCGCCGGCCUCGCUGGAGACUGAGCGCCACCUGCUGGACUUUUUGGAUCAGGUUCUGGACGGCAGCAUCCAGGCCCACGGAGGAAACGGAGUGACUCAGCGAGUCAGACGUUUCAUUUACGAAACUAAAGUCACGCUCCUGCCGCUCUUCGCCGAGGCUCCGCUGCUCGGCUGCUUCCUGCUGGGCCUCCCGCUGGGCCUUGUGGGCUUGGUGUGCUUCGUGUGCCGGACGGCCCUGUCAGACCGCGGAGGCCGAGAAGACGACGACGACCGGCCCAUCUACUCUCGGAGACAAAUACCAGAGAAGAAGUCCGACUGAGCGACAUCGGCGGACCUUCAGAGGGUCGCGAACGUCACGAGUCUCUCGGGCCUACAAACAAGAAACGAAUACACAUUGGACUCACAGUGGGCCUCCAGAUGGCUUUUUGUUGAGUCUCCACUUCAGCGUCUUUAGUGAGUGGGUGUGAAACCUCAGAGAUGCUAACGUUAGCAUUACAUUAGCAACGUGUUCCCCUUUGGACAUCACGAGUUCAAUAGACAAACACGCUGUUGUCAGAUGUGUUGUCAUGUGACUGCUGCAAGGUUUUUUUUCCAGUUGUUAUCAUCAGCAAAUGGCAACAAACAAUACAAAAUGAAAAAAAGUAAUUCUUGUUACAUUUAUGUACAUAAACAUUUGAUUCAUUCA